AUGAGGACGCCGUGGUUGGCAUUGUCCGGCCCGGGGACGGUUUUUGUCGUGAAUGAGAACUUCUUUUCGUUUGCCACUGCUGCCUGCGUCGUCCUUACCGAAGGUGGAAAUCACGUGGAGAUCAUCGUCAACUUCAUCCACCCAGGCUAUUGGCGGAUUGCUGGGUGGGCUGAUCCGGUUGCUGAGUAA